CCAGGCGUGGGUGGGAGCGGUUGCACCCUGAGGAGGAAUGUGGGCUGGGAGGGGCCGUGGUUUCAGCUAGGGCACUCAGGGUGCAGCCAGCAGUGCACCAGCAGCCACCACGCAGCAUGGCCGAGAAACCCCAAAUCCAGCUCUUCAUCAAGGCAAGCGAGGAUGGGGAGAGUGUGGGGCACUGCCCCUUCUGCCAGCGCCUCUUCAUGGUGCUGCUGCUCAAAGGGGUGCCCUUCACCCUCACCACUGUGGACAUGAAGAGGGCGCUGGACGUGCUGAAGGACUUCGCACCAGGUGCCCAGCUGCCCGUCCUCCUCUAUAAUGGCGAGCCCAAGACUGACACCAUCACCAUUGAGGAGUUCCUGGAGGACCAGCUGGGCCCCCCCAUGUGCGCCAGUCUGGUCCCACAGUACCCAGAGUCAAGCCUGGCUGGGAAUGACAUUUUCCACAAAUUCUCUGCCUUCAUCAAGAACCCGGUACCUGCCCAGGAUGAGGUGCUGCAGCGGAGCCUGCUGCGGGCCUUGCUGAAGCUGGAUGAGUACCUGACCACCCCUCUGGAGCACGAGCUGGCCCAGGACCCCUGCCUCCAGGCCUCCCAGCGCCUUUUCCUUGAUGGAGACCACCUCACACUGGCCGACUGCAACCUGCUGCCCAAGCUCAAUAUCGUUCAGGUCGUGUGCCAGCACUACCGCCGCUUUGGGAUCCCCAAGGACCUGCAGGGCGUGUGGCGGUACCUCAACAGUGCCAGCGAAACCAAGGAGUUCAAAUACACCUGUCCCAAUAGCCAGGAGAUUAUACAAGCUUAUCGUUCCGUGGUCCGGGCACCGCAGUGAGCCGGACACGUGCCCUGGUGGUUGUGGGGCCAAGGCUGGGGUCAGGCAGGAGGUCAGCCCACCCUGGCCCUGCCUGCAGGGGCUCAGGAGAGCUGUGCCCCUUGCAUCCAAAUUCCCUCCACUGGCACCCAGGUGCUGGCAACAAUCUGCAGUGCACUGAGCCCCUCUUGUGCCACCCACCCUUCUUCACAACCAGGACAAGCUCUGUGGCCCCUCGAGCAUCAGGAUGAGGGCAAGGUGGCACAGCCACGGGCACCACCAGUGCCAAAGCUGUGCCCAGGUGAGGGUAGGGGCAGAGCUGGGGAUGACAAGCUGCCCUGCAGCCACUUGCAUAGGCACACUGUGCCACCCACCCGGACAGCAAGCACCACAGGGUGCCCUCACACCUGCACCAGGUGAGUGGACCUGGCACAGCCACAGAGACCUAGGAACAGAGCUGGAGGGGGGAUGGCACAGGCAAUGGGCAGAGGUCAAUUUCCCCCAAAACUCACUAUUAGGAAGCUCUCAACAGACUUGGGGGUUGUGAAAUGGGGAAAGCUAAGCUAAGCUUCAGAGUUCCUGGAAAUAAAUACAAGCUUUGCAAGCAAGACCAGUGUAA